GUUCUUGUUCUGAACCUAGCUGAACCUGCUGUCAAAAAUUUGGCGUCGGCAGUGUGGUACCCAUCGCGCGCGCGACGUAAACACUACAAUGGCGGGAUUUUUGCCCAUCUGUCAAAGUGCCGAUUAUGCAUUGUCGAUUUUGCUUGUCUCCGACAUUGAAAGCCAGCUGAAAAACUUUUCGACAGUGCUCAAUGACACAGGAAAUGGAGAAAGAGAAGGUUCGGUCAAAGUGUACACUUGUGAAUCAGUCUCUCAGAUCGUACAUUUGAAGGACAAGCCACAGUGUGACUUUGUAGCCUUGUUUGUCAAUGAAAAACGUUUCAACGCUAUACAUGAGGUUGAGCAGAAUCUACUGAAAUUGGAUCAGGCUUUCAUGUUUGACCGUGUAUGUUUAAUUUGUGACAACGUUCAAACAAGUGGUGGGUUCAUGCCAAAAAUCCUUCACCUGAAACACAAAUAUCAAUUACACGCUCUAUGGGGAAAUCUAGAGGAGGAGUUUGUAGGUGUCUGCAAACGCCUUCUGAACCUUGCAUCAGCUGUGUGUGGCGCUACCACAGGCUUCCCUCUCGUUACUCAUAAAGUAUGGCAUGGAAGAUCAGGCUCGCCCCAUGAAUUCUCCACCUAUGAGUCUACGCAAGACCGAACAUUUUGAUUUCUGUACUUUGUUGUAUCUACUUAUAAUUAUUUUAUUUAACAAACAUUGUGUGAUUUAGAUGUCUUUAAAACUUUUAUUUUAAGUAAAUGUGUUAUUUCUGUAGAGAA